GUUAAUCUUUAACUUGUUUGCUUGCUAUUAAGUGGGAGAAAGUUUUCUGUGAUUAAGUAAGAAAACGUUUUCAUUUUUCUUUUAGGUGUGAUAGAGUUUAAAAUGCUUCUGAUAAUUCUGAUACAACUUCUGAUCAUUGUAACAUCAGGAAAUGCCCAGGCAAACACAACUGUAGCACCUACAGCAAGAACCGGGGCAGCCACAACUGCUGGUGCCAAUGCAACCGCUGGUGCUACAGCAACUGCUGGUGCCAAUGCAACCGCUGCUGCGGCGACAACCGCUGCUGCCAUUACGACCGCUGCUGCAACCAUGACUACACGGAUAACGACAAACUCGACAAACACUAACACCACUGCCACCAACAUUGCCGCUGCUACACACGCUGGGAUCAUGCACAUGAGCAGUUUGGCUUUCUGUCACCUCAGUGUUGUUCUCUUCAAGUUCUUCUUUACGGUGUGACUUGGCUGUACUGUUUUUAUCUGUUUUUACAGAAUACAGUUAUUGUUACUCACAUAUUAUAUAAUUUAUGUAUAAACAUA